AUGUCCGCUCAGGGACUCCUGAGCAGCGUCUUCUCCUGCUCCCUCAGCCCCAGGACCAUCUCCAAACGUGGACUGAGGCAGACCAGGAGCUUGGACUCGGCACUGAUGAGGCACUAUGGAGCGGAGAGUACGUCCUACCAGGGAGGCUUCACAUGGAAUAGUGUGUCGGGACGCUCCGUUGGUCUGAAGCCCAUCCCGCUCCAAAGCCUCUCUGAACUGGAGCGAGUUCGUCUACAGGACGUUGCCUUCAGGCAACUCCUCCGGGAUCGCGACUUGGGCUGCCACGUCACCAUUCCCAAAUAUGGUUACAAAUACAAGAAGUCGCUCAGAUGUAAGCUGGAUUCACUUUCUAAGGAGAAGAGUAAAGACAAAGAGGCGAUGACGCCCCAAGCCUUUAGCAUCCCGCUGGAGCAGGUCAUCUGCAACGACCGCAAGCACAAGCGGCGCCACGACGCGCCGCUGGAGCAGCACUGCGACCCCACUGAGCUGGUGCUGUCCUUCCUCCACUUUACUUCAACCUUCAAGAAGACCAACAAGGAGUUUUCAAGCAGCAACUCGUCCCUCAGCUCCAAUUCAGAGAGUCCCAAUAAAUCGCCAUUUGCUCCGGCGCCUGAUGCGGCCCCACGGACUCGCAGGAGGGGCGGCGUGUCGGUGGACUGCAUCACCGACCUGGAUGAUAACCAGUCGCAGCUCUUGGAGGCCCUCCAGCUGUCCCUGCCAGUGGAAGCGACGGGCAAAAACAGGAAAAAGAGGCAUGACAAAAAGCUUAGCCUCAACCCUAUGUACCCUCAAGUCCCCAGGGUGGUUGAACUCUGCUGUCAGCACCUGGAAAACCACGGUUUACAGACAGUGGGAAUUUUCCGUGUGGGGAGUUCCAAGAAGAGAGUGAGGCAGAUGCGUGAAGAGCUGGAUCAGGGAUGGGACCUCCAUUUAGACGAACAGCACAGCGUUCACGACGUGGCAGCGUUGUUGAAAGAAUUUUUCCGCGACAUGCCUGACCCUCUGUUGACGAGAGAGCUUUACACGGCGUUUAUCAACUCGACAGUGUUGGAGCGAGCUGAGCAACAGAAGGCCAUCCAGCUGUUGAUGUUCUUGCUUCCUCCCUGCAACUGUGACACGCUACAUCGCCUUCUCUGCUUGCUCUCUGCUGUUGCUGCCCAUGCUGAAGAUAUGCUAGAUGAGGAGGGACGCAAGAAACCAGGAAACAAGAUGACAUCCUUAAAUUUAGCCACAAUCCUUGGCCCCAACCUCUUGCACAAGCAAAAAAACCCCGAUAAGGAGUUUGCGGUCCAGAGUUUAGCCCGCGCCGAGGAGAGCAGCGCCAUCAUCAGGGUGCUCCAAACCAUGAUCAAUGCGUGUGACUCGCUCUUUCUGGUUCCUGCUGAGCUCCAGAACGAGGUGUUGCUCAGUCUGCUAGAAACCGAUCCUGAUGUUGUUGACUACUUACUGCGGCGGAAAGAUACACAUUACUCCAAUUCUGACCUGGUUGGACCACUCAAGUCGUCCCUGAUGGAAAGGUGCUCCUCCAAUGAGUCCAUGUCCAGUGGUGAGGCUUCCCCCUAUGACAACAGCUCUCCCGUUCUAUCAGAGAGGCUCCUUCAGCCGGAAGACGAUGAGGCAAUCUUGGAAAGUGACGCAAGAACCUCGCCUACUAUUACGACAGAAGAGGCCUUGGAGGAUCACUUCUGGGACUCCUGGCAUCCACUUUUCAGCAACAACGUUAUUGACCUUAACAUCAAUGGCUCCCUGGGAGACAUUUCUGAAUGGAAGUCAUUUGGCUCAUCAGAGGAGCUGAGCGGUCACCAAGGAAACAACAAGCUGCCCGUCAGCCCUACGCAAACCUCAUUGGAUGCUUCAGAACGUAGGCCACACCUCACUGUGGCUAGCAGCAACCUAUCCGGAGCUAUCUGCUCCGACGACCUGGCUGACGGGACGGGACAGCCUGUCAAUGCUAUCCUUACAGAAAGAGAAGAUUGCUUGUUUCGACCUCUCGGUGAGAUGCGCGUUUUCUGUUCCGGGCCUUCCAUCAGUCAGAGUGUGACCAACAGAACUGCUCCAGAACGGGCCUCGGGUAAAGCAAAUGGUCAUAUAUGGCAGAUCCUCUCCCCAAACAAUGGCGAUCCAUUGCCAGAAACUCUGGUGUGA